CAGAGGUGAAGCAGCUGUGAUGAUGGAUGGAUACUCAGAUAAAGGCGCUGCAGCAGAGAAGCUCACAGCGAUAUCCUGCUUUUAAGCCUCAAAGUGGUUCUUAAAGGAAAGAAGUCCCCUUGGUUCGGCAUUGACCAUCAUGAUCUUUAAAGCUUUCUUCAAUGAGCUGAUAAAUUGGCAAAAUGCAUCCAGAAGCUGCAGAAAAUGAAUAUCUUUCCAUUCCAGUCUGCAGUGACCAUGCAUGACCUCCAAGCUAAUGUCACCUGCAACUCCUCCUUGGCCCCUUCCAACUGGACGGCCGGGGAGGACGUCCCUCAGCUUCCCACCUUCACCACAGCAGCCAAAGUCAGAGUCAUCAUCACCUUCAUCCUCUGCGGCACAUCAGCCUUCUGCAACCUGGCUGUGCUGUGGGCGGCUCACAGGGACGGGAAACGGAAAUCCCACGUCAAGGUUCUGAUUGUUAACCUGACCGUAGCUGACCUGCUGGUGACCUUCAUAGUGAUGCCUGUGGAUGCUGCAUGGAACAUCACGGUCCAGUGGCUUGCUGAAGACUUCCUGUGCAGGCUGCUGAUGUUUCUGAAGCUGCUGGCGAUGUACUCCUGCGCUUUUGUCACCGUGGUGAUCAGUCUGGACAGGCAGUCCGCCAUCCUCAACCCUUUGGCAAUCAACAAGGCCCGGAUGAGAAACAAGAUCAUGCUCGCCGUGGCGUGGAGCAUGAGUGCUUUGCUUUCAAUCCCUCAGAUCUUCCUUUUUCACAAGGUGACCAUCAUCCACCCUGAGGACUUCACCCAGUGCACAACAUGGGGAAGCUUUGCCACUCGCUGGCAUGAGACGGCCUACAACAUGUUCACCUUUUCCUGCCUGUUCCUGCUGCCGCUGGUCAUCAUGAUCACCUGUUACGCCAGGAUCUUCCAUGAGAUUUCAAAACGGCUGAAGAAGGACCACUUCUCCACCAAUGAGCUACGCCUGAGGUGCUCUAAAAACAACAUCCCCAGAGCCCGGAUCAGAACCUUAAAAAUGAGUGUUGUGAUCGUCUUGUCCUUCAUCAUCUGCUGGACUCCGUACUACCUGCUGGGCCUCUGGUACUGGUUCUGUCCUGAUGAUCUGGAGGAUAAGGUGUCCCACUCUCUGGCCCACAUCCUGUUUAUCUUCGGGCUGGUGAACGCCUGCCUGGACCCAGUGAUCUACGGACUGUUCACCAUCCACUUCAGGAAGGGGCUACGAAGGUAUUACGGCAACGCUGCCUCCGCAGCGGAUGUGGAAAACACCACCGUUAUAAGUGGAUCUUUAUAUUCUCCUGCCAAUUCUUUGUCAUUACGAAAAGAGUUCAGGCGGCUGAGUCAGGAAACUAAUGACAGUCAUAUGAAAGCCAAGGCAUCCUCUCUGAAAAGCAGCUUUCUGAUUAUAGACAGUGAAAUCCAACAGUCCAGUCCUGAAAGCAGCUUAUAAUGAAGGGUAGAUGGAACAUUUAAAGAUUCAGAAUAAGAGGAAGAUUCAAGUGGUUUAUUCUUACAGGGAAGGUUAUAAUAAAAUCUGUUUUGUAAAUGCUAACAUGUUAAUAACUGUAAAUGAAAUGCAUUGAGUGUGAAAGGCUCCCUUACUUGGUAUUUAUUUUAAACAGAGAAACAAUAUUUUGUUUUAAGAAAUAAAAGUAUCACAUAUUAUUAUUUGUAUCCUUUUAGUAGCUCAGUGGAUGAAAUUCUUCAGAUCUCUGUUGCUCCAUUGCUGCAGCAGUUUCCUGCAGCUUUCCCCAUGUUUGUGCCAGAGCUUUGUUCCUUUCAUCCGCUGAAUGGGAUCUUCAGAGGAAAAAAAAGCAAAAAA